AUGACCACCACAUUUCCUAUUCGAACUCAUGACCAGAGAGCAGUACUGGGUGUCGCAUUCAGCUUCUCAAUUCUUGCUGCACUGGCCGUCACCCUACGACUGAUCGCUCACGCGAUUGCUCACAAAAGAUGGACAAUUGCCGACUACUUCAUCAUUGCCGCCUGUAUUUUCGCUAUCGGCCUGCAAUCCGUCAGCAUUACUGGAGUCUUUCAUGCCGGCAUUGGCUACGAUCACGUCCAGAACAUCGUAGUAGCGUACGGCCUCGAUCCUAUCACCAAGCUAUCGCAGCUCAUCAUACCCCUGCAGUUUCUGUGGGUUCUGAGUCUUAGUUGUACCAAGAUUUCGAUUCUGUCUCUCUAUAUCUUGAUCUUUCCGAUCCGAUGGGUGGUCUGGAGCUCCUACGUGACCAUGUCCAUCAUCGUUGCUUGGACAAUCGCAACCAUCCUCGCUGGCUGUCUGAUAUGCCGGCCUUUCGCCUACAAUUGGGAUAAAUCGAUUCCUGGAGGAAGCUGUGGCGAUCAAGUCACCUCAUUCACGAUUACCGGAGUCAUCAACUUGGUCACCGACGUCAUGGUGCUUCUUCUGCCCAUGCGUCCGUUGUAUCAACUGCAAAUGGCGACGUACAAAAGAGUGACUCUCGUCGCCGUUUUCGGCCUGGGUACUUUGUGA